AUGUUCAAGCAUGUAACUCUCUACUUGGAUGGUCAUGACUCUCGAGCAACAUAUGGGGAAGACAAAGCAGCAAUGUAUUCUUAUAAGCUAAAGAAAUCAGGUUUGAGAACGCAAGUGGCCAUCGAUGCCAAUGGAAUGGUUCUCUUUGUAUCCAAAUCAGCGUCAUGUCGUGAUAACAACGAUGGGAAAAUGUUACAAGAGAUGGGCAUUGGCAAGAAGAUCGACAGCAUGGACUGUAUUGCUCUCGAUGGAGGAUAUACACAAUACAUUGGCGAUAUUGUGGAAAAAGAAAAGUUGGACGAGCGUAACUUCUGUUUUCCCAUCCGUAAGAAACGACUACAGCAACUCCACGAAGAGGAAUCCAACUUUAAUGCUAUGUUUGGUGGAUUUCGAUCUACGUCAGAGGCUGUCUUUGGUGAUCUCAUGAAAACAUUCGCCAAGUUUAAUAACAAGGAGAUUUACAUCCAGGCUCGCGCUUAA